CUGCGCUCUAGGCCCGCACGCCCCGCCCCCACCCGGCGACCUGAGCGGAGGCAGCCCCGAGGGGCGCGGGCUCCAGACUCCAGACCCUCCGAGCCUGCCCCGCAUCCUGCGACCAGCGACCAGCGGAGCGCCAGCCUGGGGCGUGGGCGCCAGGUGGGCUUCCCGGAGGAUGAAGCAGGCCCUGGUGGACGAUACUGAGGAUGUGUCCCUGGACUUCGGUAACGAAGAGGAGCUGGCCUUCAGGAAAGCCAAGAUCAGGCACCCCCUGGCCACCUUUUUCCACCUGUUUUUCCGAGUGAGCGCCAUCGUCACCUACGUGUGCUGCGACUGGUUCAGCAGGAGCUUUGUGGGCUGCUUUGUCACUGUGCUUCUCCUGCUGUCCUUGGACUUCUGGUCUGUGAAGAACGUGACGGGCAGACUCAUGGUGGGCCUCCGCUGGUGGAACCAGAUAGACGAGGACGGGAAGAGCCACUGGGUGUUCGAAGCCAGGAAGGUCUCUCCAAACGCCAUGGCGGCCACGGAGGCGGAAGCCCGCAUCUUCUGGCUCGGCCUCAUCAUCUGCCCCGUGAUCUGGAUCGUCUUCUUCUUCAGCACCCUGUUCUCCCUGAAGCUGAAGUGGCUGGCUCUCGUGAUCGCUGGGAUUUCUCUCCAAGCUGCGAACCUGUAUGGCUACAUCCUCUGUAAGAUGGGAGGAGAGAGUGACCUCAGCAAAGUCACGGCCAGUUUUCUGUCCCAGACGGUAUUCCAGACGGUUUGCCCAGGUGACUUCCAGAAGCCUGGCCUUGAAGAGAUGCACCAGCGUUAGGCAGAAAUGACUUAAAAUGGGACUUUUUACUACCGAAAGAGCUUCCAACAGAGCAGAAUCCCACGGUCCUGCAGCUGUUUAUUUCUACGUGAAACAAGCCUUGGAGGGAAGGUUCGAGGAGGCGUUUUUAUUUUUAAAAUGGCACGUUUGUUUAAAAAAAAAAAAAAUGCCCUUUACAUAUGUUCUAAGGAAAAGUGUACAAACGUUAGAUGAUUAAAGUGUCUCUGAGAAAGUGA